CACUCUCUACCUCAACAUCAAUACUGAUCAGCAAUAUUCACGCUUUUCUAUUGAUUGAAUGAUUUUCUAUCUAAAUUGACAUUUCCCAUCAUAUUUUAACACAGCUCAUUCUGCUUUCUAUGAGAAUUGCAUCUGCACUACUGACCAUUGAGCUGCGAUCACUGACAAGAACACAUGUUCAUAGAUCACUCACUCAACAAUAGAUUGGUGUCAGUAGCUGUGCAGGAGCGUGGUUCCCCAAUCUUAUCUCAGUUCUACCUUAUCUAGCAGGGUAGUUCACUUGUAAUACUCGGCGUCAUGUCCGAUCCCUCAUUGGGUGCCACUGAUGGCUUGAACAAUAAGCGAAAGCGCGAAAGCACUGACAGCACCGGGCCUGAUGCUCAGCGAUUGAACCGCUCCUCCAACGGAAGUAACGGCAGUAUCCCAGCCCCAGACACCCAACCUACUUUCGGCCAUGCUUCUCUCGGGUCUUACGAUACCCAUGGCCUCCCUGGUGCAGCAUCCGAGCUUAAUAUUGACCAGCAAAUUCUCCAACAUGUCGGUCCGCAGAACGGUAUCUCUGAUGAGAAUGCUCUGACAGCUAAAGCUGCUUUAGCCGCGCACCAACCGCAGAACAAAUACCCACCUCCCCCAGACGCGACAUUCGACAGUAGCCUUCCACAUGGCCUGACGUUCGGAGAUGAAAUGGGCCAAGCGAUAGGUGGCGCUCAUGGUCACAAUUCUACUGCUGCUGCUGUUUAUGCUGCGCGUGAAGCACAAAGCAUGAACCAAAAGCCCUCCGUUGGGUCGCCGGAAUGGCAUCAAAUCCGCAAGAACAAUCACAAAGAAGUGGAACGCCGACGCCGUGAGGCGAUUAAUGAAGGUAUCAAUCAGAUUGCUCGUCUUGUUCCAAACUGCGACAAGAACAAGGGUGCUAUUCUGCAACGCGCGAUCGAGUACAUCUGUCAGCUUCAUGACGAAAAGAAGGCAAUGAGCGAGCGAUGGGAGCAGAACAACAUGACUACGAGUCAUGCCAUCAACGAGAUCAGCGCACAAAACUCCAAAUUAAAAGUCGAGGUCAAUCGCCGCGGAGACAUUGCGCUCAAGUGGUUGCAACGCUGUCGCGAUGCGGGCCUCGAAUUCGACGAUUAUGAGGAGGCCAAGGAGCUGGAACCUCUGGAGGUUGAUCAGGGCCAGGUUUGA